GAUCACGGAGGGGGGCGGGGCUUAAAUUCCAAUGGGAUAAGCACGUCAGUGUGGGCGUGGCUCCGCCUCUGCACUGGGAGUCAGUGUGAUACGUGAAAGUGACGCGCUUCUUCUAUUCUUCUUUUCGCUGGGAAAAUGUCCUGAAAACAUUGAAACUAUCGCAACAAGCGGAAAGUGGAGACUAAACCGGGAUAUUUACAGCUGGAUGUUUCGUCUGCGUCGUUUUUUGAGAGAGUGUUCGCUCUCAAGAGGAAACGAAGUAAAGGCGAGUCUGUUGGUAAACUUUCGUUAGCUGUAGCUGGUGAGCUAAAGAACACUGCUGGAACGGAGUGAAGUUUACACUGACGCAGGCCUGAGACCUCUCACUCUUACCCCCUCACCCGCAGGCAACAGGUUCCCUCUCAGCUGUGAAGCAGAAACCGGACACCGGGGAUUUCCUAUCGCAUUUUUUCCAGCUAAUAUAUUUAUAUAUUUCUUUUACAAAGUUCGGACUAAUUUAUUUCCCGGAGAAGUGAAUUUGUCCUCUGUGUACACUUGACUAGCUAAAGCUAGUUUGGGAAGACGCUUUCGGCCAAAAGGAAAAUUCUGGAAUUAAACUCGGUUAAAUGCGUUACGAAGCCAGAAUGAUGCCGGACCAGCAUCUGGAGCAGAACUAAGGUUCCAUAAGUUCUUGACCACCUUCUCGAUCUCUUGGCAGAUGUUCUUGACCGUGUACCUCAGCAACAACGACCAGCAUUUCACAGAGGUACCCAUAACUCCGGAGACGGUGUGCCAUGAUGUGGUGGAGCUCUGCAAGGAACCAGGAGAGAUGGACUGCCACUUAUCUGAGAUGUGGAGAGGAUCUGAGCGAGCUGUGGGCGAGGGCGAAAGGAUGCUGGAGCUACUGCAGCGCUGGGGCUCACGCAGAUCAGAGGUCCGCUUCUUCCUGCGCCACGAGAGAGUUCCCGGCCGCGAGCCAGGAAACGCCAGAGGCAUGGAACAGAGGAGGAACGGUGUUAAAGGUCCCCCAGAUAGAAGGAUGGAGAACGGGGUGGCUGCUCCACGCAUGGACAUGACUGUGGCUGAGCUGCAAGAGAUGGCGACACGACAGCAGCAACAAAUCGAUGCUCAGCAGCAGCUGCUGGCCUCUAAGGAGCAGCGCCUGCGCUACCUGAAGCAGCAAGAUCAGAUGAAGCACCAGCAGGCUUCUGAACAGGAGAAGUUACAGCGCCUCAGGGAGAACGUGGAGAAGCAGGAGGCUCGACUCAAGAAAGUGCGCGCUCUCAAGGGUCAGGUGGAGCAGAAGCGCCUCAGCAACGGAAAACUGGUGGAGGAGAUCGAGCAGAUGAACAAUCUCUUCCAGCAGAAGCAGCGCGAGCUUGUAGUGGCAGUGUCGAAAGUUGAGGAGCUCAGCAGGCAGCUGGAGAUGCUGAAGAACGGCAAGAUGGACGCUCUACACGAUAAUCAAAGUGCCGUGGCUGAGCUCGAUCGUCUCUACAGAGAGCUACAGCUAAGGAACAACAUGAACCAGGAGCAGAACUCGAAGCUGCAGCAGCAGAGGGACAACUUGAACAAGAAGAACCAGGAGGUGGUCGCCAUGGACAAGCGGGUCAACGAGCUCCGUGAUCGCCUGUGGAAGAAGAAAGCAGCGCUGCAGCAGAAAGAGAAUCUUCCGAAUGGCUUCCCCGUUAAGGAAAAGGCUUCAAAAGAUACCCAACCCAAGGUGUCUUCUGACGGCCAGCCCCCCCAGUCAGGGGGUCAGUCUCGCGUGGCUGCAGUGGGGCCGUACAUCCAGUCAUCCACCAUGCCACGCGGCCCAGCCAGACACGACCUGCUGAAGCCCACCUACCCUGACGGCACGGCCACACUGCCACCUCAGGACAGGAGCAUGGUGUCCGCUCCAGCCAAACCUGGCACAGGACUGCAGUCAUCAAAGGUGCUUAAAGUGUCUGACUGGAGCUCACCUACCACAGACUCCAACACCAGCCAUGUCCAGUCCACUUCACCCCAGCUGCCAAGCCAAGUACCCGCAGAGCAAGCUCCGGGUGACACAGACGUGUUGAAAAGAGGACAGCAGGACCGGAAGGCGCGCCCCAUCUCCAUGUUCGAAUCCACCGAGCCGCCCACGGCCUCCUUGCGCAAGAACCAGAGCAGCGAGGACCUUGCGAGAGAGAAUGCUGCAAAAAACCCGGUUAAAGUUCCGCCUCCUGUGCCAAGCAAACCCCGACAGGUCAAUCUGCCUUUCCCAGGCGCGGGCACCUUCCCAGGAAAGGGCAAAGCGAGCAGCCAGCAGCAACGUACGCCUCUUCCACCGGCUCAGAGUAACACACUUCCCCUACCUUCCAAGCAGGAAACUCCACCGGCUGCCACUGUACGACCUUUCACCCCAGAGCCUAAGGAGCCACCUAUGCAGAAACCUCAGACAGUGGCAGCCAGCUCCAUCUACUCCAUGUAUACAAAGCAGUCAAUAACAGGCAAAGGCUUACAGCAGGGGGUGCAGGGAGUACUGAACCGUUCCCAGAACCGCUCCAACUUUGUUAGCAUGUAUGGUAAGCCUGUGAUCACCGCAGGCCAGCAAUCCCAGUCACCACAGAUGGACAACCCCUACAUGGAGCGUCCUAACGUCUCUGAAACAGACGCCGACCAAGGCACCAACAGCACUCCAGCACCCGAGAACCAAGAGACGGAACGUAUCCCGCGGCCACUGAGCCCCACCAAGCUGCUGCCCUUCAUCUCCAACCCCUACCGCAACCAGAGCGACAUGGACCUGGAGGCGCUACGCAAGAAGCUCGUCAAUGCCCCGAGGCCCCUUAAGAAGCGCAGCUCCAUCACUGAACCCGAGGGUCCUGCUGGUCCCAACAUCCAGAAACUCCUCUACCAGAAAACCACAUUGGCUGCAAUGGAAACCACAAUCAAUCCUCCUAGACCUGCAGAGGACGAGAAAGCACCGCCUGAUCCCAUCAACACCGAACAGUCGGAAUCCGAAUCUGCCGAACAACCGCUUGCUGACCCGCUGCCACCGAUACAUGUUCUGAAAAUCGAUGGUGAGGACUUCAUCCCUCCACCACCGCCACCUCACCCUGCUCCUCGCCCUGAAGACGCACUUUUAAUCCCACCACCUCCUCCUCCUGUGCCGGAGGUCGAAGAGCCGCUCCCGUUACCUGCAGAGAGCUAUGUGGAGGAGUUCCCUCCAUAUCCUCCUCCUCCUUAUCCAAGCGGUGCCGAGCAGGAAGCUCUGGGGGAUGACACGUUAAACAUGAAGCCGCCAGAGGUCAUGGGACAGGUGCCUCUACCACCAGGGAAAAGGACGAAUUUGCGCAAGGUUGGAUCGGAGCGCAUAAGCCACAGCAUGAGGGUGAAAUUCAACCCCUUGGCUUUGCUUCUAGACUCUUCUCUGGAGGGAGAGUAUGAUCUGGUGCAGAGAAUCAUCUAUGAGGUUGAGGACCCCAGUCAGCCUAAUGAUGAAGGGAUCACGGCUCUACACAACGCCGUCUGUGCCGGACACACAGAGAUCGUCAAAUUCCUCGUACAGUUUGGAGUUAAUGUCAACGCUGCCGACAGCGACGGCUGGACUCCGCUGCACUGCGCCGCCUCCUGUAAUAACGUGCAGGUGUGUAAGUUCCUCGUGGAGUCCGGCGCGGCCGUGUUUGCCGCCACGUACAGCGACAUGCAGACGGCUGCAGAUAAGUGUGAGGAGAUGGAGGAGGGCUACACCCAGUGCUCGCAGUUCCUCUAUGGAGUACAGGAGAAAAUGGGCAUCAUGAACCGGGGCGUGGUAUACGCACUGUGGGACUACACGAGCGAAGAAGAUGACGAGCUGCAGUUCAGAGAGGGAGACUGCAUGACUGUGGUGAGGAGAGAGGACGAGGACGAGAUCGAGUGGUGGUGGGCACGCAUGGGCGACAAAGAGGGCUACAUUCCCAGGAACCUACUCGGGUUGUAUCCAAGAAUAAAGCCACGACAGAGGAGCUUGGCUUAAAACGCCCAUAAACAGAGGAGACAAGAAUCUGUAGGACAUCUGUGGGAAAUGUACUAACACACACACACACACCACACACACACACCACAGACACUGGUCCAAGACUCUAAAUCAAAUGAAGAGACCAAAACAUGAAGGAAUUUUUUUUUGAAGAACAAAUGGAGAACUGGACCUUUCCCAGCAGAUGCUGCACUUUUCUAUUCUAUGGUUUCAUGUUUUCUUCAUGCUGUCGCGAGUAGAUAAACAUCUUUGUGUUCUUGUGAAAUUCGCCUCUGGAAUACAACUGAAUCGUACUCUUUCAUUUCACUACAACAUCGCAGCGCAGAUAUCUGCUGGAGCCUCGUCUGUUACGUGUCAUUUUUAUAUACAGAGAGCUCAUGUAGUCCUGUUCAUUUACCAAAUCAUGGGUCAACUUGGUAAAUGCAGUAGACUGUGGAUAAGCUUUGUUUUUUUGUUUUUUGAAAUUUACAGUAUAGUUACUGAAAAAGAUCUCCAAAUCACUUUAGAUUUGAGCUCACACUAUUUUCUGCAUUAAAGACUCCACUGAAGCUCUUAAACUUUUGCUAAUUAGAGCUUUGAGGCGAGUGCUAUUACCGCAAGUCAGUAUUUGUUUUGGCCUUUUUUUUUAUACAACAUUAAAUGACUUGACUGUUUAAGU